GCACCGUCCUCGGCUGCUUUCAAGGCAUUUUAGACCCCGAGUUCUACGAGAAGCUGUGGCAACCCUGUGUGGCCUUUGGUGUCAUCGGACUCUUCUCGGCAAACUUCCGCUUUCCGCUUACCUCCGUAUUGAAUAAGAGAGUAUGAGUACUUAUUUGUGUGGUCUCACUCUACUCAAGGUGCCCGUAGAUGUUAUUGGGAUCGAUCGCUUGUUCUGACAUGACAAUUUUACUGUUUAAUGAAAUAUCCUGUCUUUGGUCUUCCUCGGUUCAUCAACAUCAACAUUACUACUUAAAGUUACGUAAUUCUGUGCUACGACGACCAGAAGUGUGAACAAGGGAUCUCAAGCAACUUCUUGAAGAUUUUCUAGUCCUUCGUCGAAAUCAAAAUUCAUUUGAACAACACUUUCUUUCAGGUACUGAUUAUGUUCGAACUAACGGGUUUUGAUCCAGGCGGUUG